GAGACACAAAGAUUUAUUAAUAACAAACAGAUGUCAAAACUUAUUGACAACAAAUACAUGCAAUACCAAAAAUUGUUGCUUCCAAGACAAUAGCUAUGCCAGAUUAUCCCAGCAGAAACAGCCCAGAGUUUUUGUGACAUCUUCAAACAACAAUAAAAGAACAAGUUCUAUCUUAAUAUUCUGGGAAAGGGAUAAUUUAUAUUGUUGUGGGAGGCAGAAAUGGUAAAGAAAAAGAUGAGGGGGUAGGUAGCAGUUAGGUGUAACACAGACAUUCCAGCCCUGAAUAGAGUGAACAUGUGUCAUUUGAUAAAUCUUGAUCUAUGUUUAAUCCAUGGGAAAUGGUGCCCUCUUGUCUAAUGAAUUUGAGCUUAGCUGUUUAGGAAUGUAAUCACCCUUUGUAAUUCCUUGUCCCAGGGCAGAUGUCCAGGGGAGUUUGAACAGGGUACUUGCUGGUGCCAGAUUUGUGUCCAUUUGUCCUGCCACAUAGAGUUUUAAAUUAUACGAGGUAUGUGAGGGAUUGUUGACAGGUCAUGGCUUGUACUGAAUUGAAGAACCUGCUUGAUUUAGUAUCCUCAAAUAGCAUUGCCAGAUAAGAUGUACAGAUAACAAUAGUAUCUAGCUUCAUUCUUGGAUGUGAAUCAUUGUGGUCCAUUGUGUUGGAAAGGUCAGUCUUAACAAACUAGAAAGCAUAAUUUGGCCUGCAAGUUACCAACAUUUAGUUAGAACAGCCUUUCACAGUAAUAGCAAGCAAUCAGCAGCCUUUCCAAAUUGGGUGACCUUCGGCCAGUCACUCUCUCUCAGCCCAAGACAACUCACAGGUUGUCGUUGAGGAGAAAAUAGGAGGAGAAAGGUGUGUUGAAUACAUGUAUAUUCACCACAUUGAGGUAUUGUAAACAAUAAUAAAUACGGGAUAUAAAGAUAGAUAGAUAGAUAGAUAGAUAGAUAGAUAGAUAGAUAGAUAGAUAGAUAGAUAGGCUACAUUUCAUAUAGUCCUUAUUUAGUGACUACAAUUGGUACCACUAACUCAGUCAUUAAACUAAGUGGUCACUAAGUGAAAUCCCGACUGUGCUUAUGAUCCUACUUAAAUUUUCUUUUAGACUUGUGAAGCAGUGGUGGGUUCCUCCCGGUUCUGUCCAGUUCUUGCGAACCGAUAGUAAAAGCAGCGGGACGCUCCACCCACCCACACGUCAUAAUGGAUGAUCUGUGCAUGCGCAGUAGCGCAUGCGCACUCCCGUCGCAAACCAGUAGUAAAGGUUUCUCUUCUGCUUGAAGACUUGCCACCAUGGCUCUGGACAGAUACCUGCUCUUUAACGUGGGUACCCAGAUAGCAGCCUUCUGCUGUCUGUGGCCAGGACCUCUGUCAACUGAAAGAUCUGACAGCCCAUUCAUCCUUUUGCCCUCUCCCUUCUAAAAUCAUCCGCCCAUCCAGUCACCCAUGUCAAUUUGCUAUGACAUACAUCAGCGUUGAUGAGAGGCAGGAACACUCUCGGGUAAUUUUGAGCUGCCAGAAUAAUCAGCUGUAUGUGCAACAUGGCUUCAAGGAGUUCUCAAUUAGCAACACGCAUCCCUUAAAGAACAUGGACACUCGUAUUUUCACUGGAGACUUUAAUCCCGUAAAUAAAGGAGGCAACCAUGCAGGAACACAUCUGUAUCAGAGCAUGGAGAAUCUACACUGGACCGCAGUAGCUGAUCCACACUGCCAUCCUCACUGUGGAAAUGUAGACAAUAAACUUGUCUUUCAUUGCAAAGGCGCAGCUCACUCUUCCGGGUAUUCCAUGGAAGAUUCCCUAACUCCCAGUUCACCUGAACGUUACCGACACUUUUCCCUUCCAUCAGAACAAGGGAUCCCUUCAACACAAGAUAUAGCCAUUUCCUCCUGUGCCAAAGUGCCUCCAUGGUUUCUUUCCUCCAUAAGUGGGGAUGCCAAAAAAAUCCUGAAAGAAAAACUUAGAAUUCACAGUAGUAAAGCUCCUGAGAUUUGCAAGCCCCUCAGAGCUCAGCCUCCUUUGAAUGAUUCAGUUGCAAGGGAAUGUUCUCAAUGCCGGGCCUGCCAGCAAUAUAAGAACGGUUGCUCCUCUAACUGUUGCACCAUAUUUGUGCAGCAUGCCGCUCUUGCUCAUGCCCCAUGGAUGGCAUUGGAGAGGCAACGGCCUUGCUUCCAUAGCAGGCUAACCAGCCCAGAAGAUAUCAAGCAAGAAGCCCAGAGAAGGUUGCAGGUCAGGAGGCAGAAGAGUUCCCCCAACUUGACCCUUCAUUGUGUCCGUGAUAGUCAGAAAGUGAUCAAAUCCCAAACUAUGGGAUCAUUAAAUGGAGAGGGAGAGAGAGGAGACUGCAAAAGGACUCCAGGAGAGAGCAAAAAAGCUGAUUGCAAAGAGAGGCUCUACAUUCCAACUUUUGAAGAGUUCAAGAGGAUGAGAAGCAAGGAAGCCCUUUUUCUCAAUGGCAAUAGUGAAAUUGUGAAGGAUAAGAUGGAAGGAACCCAAAAGUUGGAGGAAAAAAGAAGUCAAAAUCAGGAUAAUGUUAAAGGAGUGGUUUCAGCCAUAGAUGACGACGACGAGGUGUUUCAUGAAAACAGCCAGAAUGCUUCCAGGUUUAUUGGCUGUGAAGAAAAUUCAUCCACAUGGGACAGAAGUUUCUGCCUAAUAAAUAUCCCUAUGGCCAGGGAUAAGAUUUCUGAAAUCCCAGCAUCAGAAACUGUGCCAGUUCCCAUCUGUUCUAGCCCAGUUCCAAGAUCACCUCUGCAACCUGCUGCGGCAUUUAGGAAGGAAGGCAAGAAAGAUUUUGCGGAAGGAGAGAAGCAAGGAUUGGAUGCAAGAAAUGUCAGGGAAACCCUCCAUUGUGCUGGACAAUCUCUGGUGCCUGAAACUCCGUCAUCUUGCUGCCCGCUGCUAUUAGAAGCAACUGAUAUUUCCAGUUACGGAGCUAAGCUUCAGAAAAUGAAGGAUGAAUUUAUAGGUACUGCUCUGGACCUCAUUAAAAAGAGCUGCACUGCUGAAACUACCCUUGAUCUCCCUUCCCCCAAAUCCUGUGAAGUUCCGAAAGCAAAUCACACUUUUGUGGAAGACUGUCAUCAAUCCACAAGCGCCAGCUCAAAUUGCCGCAGAUCAAGUUCUGAUAUCUCCUACGAAACCCCGGUCUGCACCAAAGUUCAGCGGGAGUGUCGACUACGGCCUCAUUUCAGUGAUCCAAUGCCAACAGAUGCUGUAAAGAGGAAACAACUGGAGUUGAAGAUAGCUGCAGCAGCCCGACACCAUGCCCAGAAGCGCCGGCAAGAGAGAGAAUCCAGUCUAGCACUGACUAAAGCUACUAUCAACUAUGGAAACAAUGUUGAUGAGAAUCACCAUGUCCUGAGCAGUUCCUUUCGUUCCAAACACCGCUGGAGCAAUGUUAGCAGUCUCAGCGCGGAUAGUGGAAUUGCAGGCGGGAAUGAGGAGAGGGACAAUGCUGACACCACCAUUGGAGGGGUGCCAAGGAUUAGGUCAUCCAAGAUGGAGCGAGCUGACAGUGGUAUCAGCCAGGUGUUGAGUAAGAAGUGGAGGAACCGGGCAUCAGAAACAUUAACAUCUCUACAGGCAUGGGAAGCCCAUCAACCUUGCACUGACUGUGGUGGCAGAGAUUUUCCAUUGGAAACAGAUGUCCAGAAUCAAAACAGGAAACAGGCCAUUCUCUGUGAGAAGUGUCUGAAGUGCAGGACAGAACGGAAGGAAUCAGUGUUGGAAUUUGUCAACACUGAAGCUAGCUAUGGGGAAGACCUACGCAUCAUCAAGGAGGAAUUCUAUCUCCCCAUGCAAGCAGCUGGCCUCCUAACACAAGAACAGCUGUUGGUGGUUUUUAGCAAUAUCCAGGAGCUAAUUGACCUCAACGAAAACUUUCUGGAGUAUCUUCAAGAAGAGAUUGAUCAGGCUAUUGAGCAGUUCAUUAUUGCCUCUGAAAGGAAUGAAAACCAUAUGCAGGGUGAUGAUGACCUCAUGACUGUGUGCAUUGGUGAAAUAUUCCUGGAGUUUGUGAACAUGCUGCCUGCAUUCCAGACAUAUUGUCUCCAGCAGCCAUCCUCCGUGAACAUGCUCAAUGCAUUGGAAAAGGAAAAAGAGUUACUCAGGAUAUUCCUCAAUGUUUCUCAGAAUGACAACACUGCCCUUCGUCGCAUGAAUCUGAGGUCCUUCCUCAUAGCUCCACUACAGAGAGUCACCAAGUAUCCCCUUCUUCUGAGCCGUAUCAUCAAAGCCACUAUGGAGUACCACCCGGAUUACAGCAGUCUGCUGGAGGCCAAAAGCCGCAUUGAGUCCCACCUGGAACACAUCAAUAUGAAAACCAAGCAGGAAGGGAAUUCGUGGACUCUGCGCUCCUUCCGCCAGGACAGCAAGAAGAACCGAGAGGUGAUCAACAUUGAAAUGAGGGAAACUGCUCUCAAAACAAUGGGCUGGCUGCGGGAAGAAACACGGUUUGUGAUGGAAGGCCCCUUACAGCUGGCCCAGCCACCUGAUGGACAAUGGGUGAAAAAGGGCAGCAAGACGUUAAAGUUCCAGAAGAUGCAAGUUCUCCUGAUGGUCAACAUCAGGCGUGCAUCUGAGUCCAGUUUUGAACUGGGGGAGCCAGGCUCUGUGAAAGAUGCAGUAUUGGUCCUUAUUCGGGAUAAGAACAAUGGGAAGUUCAGUUUGCUCAGGGAACCCUUGAGACUCAGCAACUGUGUGGUCUCUGUGGAUCCCGACUGCGAUGAUACAUUUGAACUGCUUGAGAUAAGACGGGAAUCCUUCAUAUUUCGAGAUGGGGACAAGGCACGGACUCAUCACUGGUUUAGGCAGAUCAGGAGGUACUCUCGGGAGCUGGGCUCCUGGAAGAAGCGGCGUAACGCUUUGCCCAAUAUCAUGAUAAGUGCAUCUCACAAUAGGUCAUGAGAGGGGCUGCCCAAGAAAUGACUUGGCCGAGCUCUGAACCUCCACUAGGCCUGCUUGAAUAUCUCUUGUCAACACAAUUGCACAAAGGAUGAACUUCAGCUAUCCAAAUAGCAUUGGUGCUACCUAUGACCACUAUCUACUAGGAAGGACUUUCUAACAAGUGCUUUGUAGUGCUGUUUUCAUACCGCAGGCUUAACUAAGUCAGGUAAAGGCACAGUGCACGUAUUCACGUAACAUGAUGAGCUUGAUGGGUCUUAACUUUGGUUAGGCUUAGCAAAAUAUGCAACCCAGACCAUUGGCCAGUUUAUGGUCCCAUGUGUUGUGGGAUCCCAGGAAGUGGAAUAAUUCAGUAGGUACCAGGUUAAGCAUGCGGUGUGAACCACAACCAGUGUUUUUAAAUUCUAGAAAAAAAUGAGUCCAUAUUUAAACUAGUUAAAUCUUCUCAUCACCUAGACCCUAAUCUAGAAACCUCAGUGUGGAAGCUUAACCUUGGAUACACACGUAGGCAGAGUGUCCUCUAACAGCAUUCUUAGUUCGCAGCUAAUACAGAAUCCUCACCCCGGAACUUCUGAGAUUAGAUAACACAGAACAGUUAGGGAUUUCACUGAUCUAAUCCUCUUUUUCAGCUUGAGUAGUUCUGUUCACAUAGAAGCACACUUUUGGGAAACCUUGACUCUCUCUUUAAGUCUGCCAUCAACUCAAUGUAAGAAUUCUAGCCUUCUUUUCCUGGGGCCUGCAUUCCCUUUGAAAAACACUAGAGGAAUAAGAACAUAAAGGCUCUGUGGAAGUAAAGCUGCUGUACCUAUUGUCAUAUUGAAAACCAACCUAUCGUUUACAGAACUGGUAUCAAGAAAGAAAGAACUACUUGCUUAAGAAUUUCCUAUACAGGUAGUCUUCGAUUUACGACCGAUUGUUUAAUGAUCAUUUGAAGUUACAAUAGGCUUGGAAAGGGGGCUUUAGGGCCCAUAAAACAAUUCCAGCCAUUGUAAAAUGUUGCUCCCCUGUUGUUACAUGACUACAUUGUAGGUGCUUGGCAACUGGCUCACCUUUACAACUGGUUGCAGUGUCUUGCAUCCCAUGACCACAAUUUGCAAUGGUUUUUGCUAGUUUUCGGCAAAAAAACCCCCUCCCAUUUGGGAGAAUGGGUCCAAACUUACAACUGCGUGAUUCAUUUGACUGUUAUAAAAAUGUCUGUAAAAUUGGGUCCAGUCACAUGGGACUAAGACCAUCAUGACUUAUGACCAAAAUUCCGGUCCCCAUGGCAGUCAUAAGUAGAGGACUACCUGUAAGCACUGACCAAAUAUGUGUUGUUGGGGAUCGUGUCUGUAUAAAAGGAAGAGAGGGAAGCAUUCUGCUCUUGGCCACCAGACUGAGAAGUAACAACUUGAGUUUUUCAUGUGGUAGAAUGUCAAGAUCCAGAUUCUGGAUCCAGUAGGAAUGUUUUUUGCACUUCCUGUAAUAAAUAGGUUCAACAGCAGUGACAGCAAAAUUGCCUGACCGAGGAGAUGGGGGCUGAGUGGAAGAGGGCAGGCCUUGCAGGUUUGUGACCUAUUGGGGAUAAUAAUCUCAUACAGUAAAUGGAUACCAUUGGCAUCAGAUCUAAGGAGCAGGUCUCUAAGAAAUAUUGAGCUAAUAUUGUUAAUAUUGUGCAGAUAAGAUGAAGUAUGUUUGCUACGUGACCCUGCAUGAUUGUGCUGCGGAAAGGCAUCCUGGGACCAUGUAAUAGAGAUUUCAUUGUAUGUAUAAUAGCGUUAGGUAACAUGCAGGUCAACUUUAGAGCAGUAUUAAUCCAAUAAGAGAGAAUGUUUAGACAGUGUCAUUGUUUUCACAUUUUAGCUUGCUGUCCCAGGACAUACUACCUUUAGGAGUUGUUUUUGCUUCUGGAAGGGUUUUAUUUUAUAAAGAAAACCUAUGAGUUUUGUCCUCUUUUGCUCUCGAGACCACGUAGGUGCCAGUUUACUGAAUUUUACAUUGCACAGAAUGCAUGUAAUAUAUGAUGGAAGGGAAGCCAAAUACGUAUUUGACAUUCAGCCACAACUAUUCCUGAAUAUCUAUAGAAUCCUGCGGAUAAGCAAUAGCCUCUUUUUAAGCACUAGUGGACUUAUUUGUAAAUGAAUUAAAGAACGACUGUAGAAAUCCAA